CGAAGUUUUUUUCUCUGUCGCGACAGGAUUGGCCUUUGUUUCCGUUCUCCCACCUUAACACUGCUAUCAUGGUCAGUACGAGAAGAAAUGGCGCUCGCAAUGUUCGGACGCCUGCAACCACAACCACAGGUACUUCAAGCACAUCUAUGUCUCCCUUGGUUAGCGGCAAGAAUUCUGCGGUACCUGAAACCCCUGACACUUCCGACGUCGAUGAAGAUCCAGUUGUCACGAAAGUCACGACAAGAUCACUUGCAACAAGCCUUAUGAAAACACGGAAGCGCUCUGCAGAAGAUGAAGGCGAAGACUUCGAGGGUAGACCAGUCCCAACUAAACGGAAAGUCGCCCACAAAGCUUUUUGUGUUGAGAUACCCAUCAAAAAUUCGACCUUGAACUCAAAGCAACAACCAACACCUGUCAAAAGCAAAGGGCGAGUUAGCGUCCCUUCUACCUCCCAUAAUAAGGAUGUCCAGCUUCUCUCAGAGGAUGAGGACCUCGAAGACAUUGAAUCCAGUGAUUCGGAGUAUUACGAGUCGGAUGACGAUGCCCCUCUCCCCUCAAAGAACUGGGAACAGUUAUCUGACAUCGUCUCGGGUUCUGAGGGCAACGAGUCAGAAGGUGACGAAGAGUUGAUGGUUGCUGCUGCCAUUGAGUUGUCCCGUGAAACAGCACGAUUCGCUGUUCAAGAAUCCUCAGGUGUCGGUUCUUCCUCCAAAGCCAACAUUACGUCAACAAGCCUCAAGAUUACCAAGAAGGCUGCUGCUGCUGAACGUCGCCUUACAAGGUCCGCGGGCAAGGCAAAAGGCAAAGGUCGUUCUGCUGGCAGUGAAGAUGACAAUUUCAUACUCGAAGACAGUGAAUCGGCACUAUCAGUCUUGAGCUCAAGCGAAGAGGAACUUCCACUCUCCAAGGGUAAGGGGAAAGCCACGAAGAGGGGUAAAGCAAAGCUAAAGUUCAUCGACACCGAACCCAUGACUUGGGUGGAGCGAGCUCAGCGGCGCCGCCUGCAAGCGGCCGAAAGGAGGGUCAACAAAUUGGAGGAACGCGCAUUAAUGCAAGAGCUUGGCCGAAAGCUUACCUGGGCCGAGAAAUCUUCUUUGGCACUCAAAAAGCAUCACCCUGAACUCAGGGAUGUCUGGGGUGACGUCGAGUCCAGCAUCCCCAUCGUUGUACCGGAGAGAGCUGCGCAGCCUGCUGGUUUAAAGGUCACGUUACUUCCAUUCCAGCAGGAAUCACUCUUCUGGAUGCGUAAGCAAGAGCAGGGGAUCUGGCAUGGCGGCAUGCUAGCCGACGAGAUGGGCAUGGGUAAGACUAUUCAGAUGAUAUCCCUCUUUGUGUCAGACCUGAAGCGUCCGAACCUUGUCGUCGCGCCAACUGUUGCUAUAAUGCAAUGGCGCAAUGAGAUUAACGCUCACACAGAGGGGAUGAAUGUCUUGGUGUGGCAUGGCGCGUCUCGUGUCAACAACCCCAAGGAAUUGGAGAAAUACGAUGUUGUCCUCACUACUUACGCUGUCAUGGAGAGUUGCUUCAGGAAGCAGCAGAGCGGUUUUAAGCGAAAGGGGCUUAUUGUGAAGGAACCUUCGCCUCUUCACCAGAUUCAAUGGAACCGGAUCAUUCUUGACGAAGCGCACAACAUUAAGGAACGUCAAACCAAUACUGCCAAGGCAUCCUUUGAGCUCCAGAGCAAUUACAAAUGGUGUCUAUCCGGCACGCCUUUGCAGAAUCGUGUGGGAGAGCUCUACAGUCUAGUUCGUUUCCUCGGGGGUGAUCCAUUCUCCUUUUAUUUCUGUAAGAAAUGUGAGUGCAAAUCGCUUCAUUGGAAGUUUACAGAUAAAAAGCACUGUGAUGAUUGUGGUCACAGCCCAAUGCAACACACCUGCUUCUGGAAUAACGAGAUCUUGACACCUAUUCAGAAACACGGCAUCGAGGGCCCGGGAAGGAUUGCUUUCAAGAAGCUACGCAUCCUCCUUGAUCGAAUGAUGCUCCGUAGAACAAAGAUUCAACGAGCUGAUGACUUGGACUUGCCCCCUCGUAUGGUGAUCGUGCGACGAGACUACUUCAGUCCCGAAGAGAAAGAGCUUUAUCUUUCGCUCUUCUUAGACGCGAAACGCCAGUUCAGUACCUACGUUGACUCUGGAACGGUUUUGAAUAACUAUUCCAAUAUCUUCAGUUUGCUCAUUCGUAUGAGGCAAAUGGCCUGCCACCCAGACCUUGUCCUCCGCAGUAAGACUAAUGGGACUCAGUUCUUGGGUUCUGACGAGGCUGGUGAAGCCACGAUCUGUAGACUCUGCAGUGAUGUCGCGGAGGAUGCCAUUCAGGCCAAAUGCCGCCACAUCUUCGACCGGGAGUGCAUGAAACAGUAUCUGAGCACAGCCGGAGACAUAACACCCGACUGUCCUGUUUGCCACAUCGCUCUUACCAUCGACCUCGAGGCUCCGGCGCUCGAACUUGAAGCAAAUAUUCCUUCUGCACGACAAGGAAUCUUGGGGCGACUCAAUAUAGAGACUUGGCGGUCUUCCUCCAAGAUCGAGGCACUUGUCGAGGAACUUUCCAAUCUUCGCUUGCAAGACAACACGAUUAAAAGUAUCGUGUUUAGUCAAUUUGUCAACUUUUUAGAUUUGAUCGCCUUCAGGCUACAAAAGGCAGGCUUUUCGAUUUGUCGACUUGAAGGGACCAUGAGUCCUCAGGCACGCGAUGCGACCAUUCAACACUUCAUGAAAAAUGUUGGCGUUACUGUAUUUCUUGUCAGCUUGAAAGCUGGUGGAGUGGCAUUGAACUUGACCGAAGCAUCUCGAGUGUAUCUGAUGGACAGUUGGUGGAAUCCUGCGGUUGAAUACCAAGCUAUGGACCGUAUUCACCGUCUCGGACAGUACCGUCCUGUCCAGGCUAUCAAGCUCGUCGCUGAAGAUAGCAUCGAGAGACGAAUCGUACAAUUGCAGGAGAAGAAAUCAGCGAUGGUGGAUGCCACGCUGUCUACUGAUGAAUCUGCGAUGGGACGACUGACGCCAGACGAUCUUGGUUUCUUGUUCAGACUGUAGCUUAUUAUUGUUUUUAAAAACAUACUGUAAAAUAUAUGCCCUGCCUUUCUAGGCAGUAGAAUACGCUGUCAUUCCUAAUUCUACAUGGAAUAUAUCUGUUUCACGGGCGCCCGCUGAUUUUUUCAGCAAUUCUUGUUACAGAC